AUGCGAGGCGAAGUCUUCUUAUUAUUAUGCGCUUUAAUCAGCUGCUCCGUUGGAGCUUCUGCGAAGGUGAAAACGAUCGACGAGGAAGAUAAUUUCUUGUAUGAGGUCCGUUUUUUUUUCUGGAAAUAAAGUUUUACAAUGUGAAAAACUCUAAGUUAGAUGAAAACGGCGUUUGUUUGAAAAUUUCGGAAUUAAAAGUUUCUCGAUCUUUUCAUCCCAUAUUACUGUUUCCGCCUUUUUCUUAUUAAAAAAAGUUUAUUUUUUUAAAUUGUUUUACGACCGGUUCAACAAAAAAAUAGACCCCACAAGACUUUUUUUCGAGCAUUGGCUAUAAGAUGAUAUCAAAAUCGAGACUAUUGGGUGAAUUUCAAAAACUCUUAUGAUAGCUUAACCUAACGAAUCGUAGGAUAAGCUAUCAUAAGAGUUUGAAAACAGGGCAUUACAUUCUGAGUCUGGAUUAUAAUAAAAAAGUUUGCGUUAUUUUCCUUUUCCUUUUUCUUUUUCAAACGUAAAACUUUUUUUUUGCUCAAAAAGACCGCGUGAAAUGUAGAUUCGUGUACGCUUCAGUAAGUUCUCAAAAUAAUUUUAAAUUUCAAAAAAAGUGUUAAGAUAACUUCAGAGGUAGAAUUAAAGAAAAGGAAGCUUUCACCGAAAUAGAAGAUAUUUCAAUGAAGAAAAGUUCAGUCGAUGGCGAAAAAGGCGAUCCGGAAGUACAACAAAGAGUCGAAGGAGCCGUUCCGAUGGGAGUUGGACAAAAUGUUGGAAGUGAAUCGACAAUUGGCCGACGGGAUCAAGUACUCCAUCUACAUGACCAUCGUCAAGACCAACUGCAGAAAUGUUCGUUUUGGAAUCAUUUCCUUGAGGGGAAAGUGUAGAACUCUUUCAAAUAAGUGCAUCUCGUUUUGAAGGACGACCUAUUUUUCCAAAUUUGGCAAAAGUUAUGAAAACAUCGCAUGAAAGGGAGCUAAAUUUUUUUAAAAGUUUUCUAAAAUUCUUUUCAGCUUCAUUUUUACGCCUGGGUUUUAUGCUCAGAAAAAGACCUAUAUAACUCUUUUGCCGACGUUCAAAAGAAAAUGUUUUUUUCUCACUUGCCAUAACUUUAUACAGUCUGACCUGUCUGCACUCUCUUUUCACUAAACGGCCAGGUUUUGUUCAGAAAAAGAAAAAUAGCAUGUAGAAACAUGAGAGGAAAGAGAGCGCUGAGAAAUCAACCUCUGCCGAUUUUUUUGAUCAGGGUGAAGAAAUUUCUUGAAAAAAAGAAAAAUUUGAAAAAUUUAAAGUUUUUUUGUCAUUAGUUCAAAAAAAAAAUCGCUCAAAUUCUUUUUUUCCUAUAAUUUUAUUUGUUAUCGUUCUCUUCUCAUUAUUUGUUUGAUAACCUCCCGAAAAAAAAACCAUUUUCCAUUUAAAUUUUUAGGACGAAGACUCCAGCGCUGACUGUGAGCAUACCGACGUCGUCAAGGUAUUUCUGUAUCUUUUUUGAAUUUUCUGACCCUUCUUAUGAUUCAGAAAUGCAACGCCGAAGUCAAAAGAAGAAUCCGUCGUCAUGGAAUUCAAGAGACGGUGAUCAUGAAGAACUGCGAGGAGGAGUUCACCAAGGACUUGAAGAAGUUCGAGUGAGUCAAAGAAAGAGAAAAUCAGGCUGAGUUCAUAGGGAAAAUUCUGAAAAAUAAAAGGUUGAAAUAGAAAAUUUCCAGCAAGAGAAAGAUCGAGUUGACCCAUGACGACUCGAUUACGGUAGAAGAUUUGCGAAAGGCCAAAAUAAUCAAGCCGCGGGAUUACGUCCAUUGGAACUCCUUCCUCGAUUUCAUGGAUCGGUGAGAAAUCAAAAGAGAUUUCAAGUAAAAGUUUAAAGUUUAAGUAAAAAUUAGGUAAAAUUUAAUGUCAAGGAAAGAAUUUUUUUGUUGACAGAAAAAUCGUUUUCAGCAAAUUGGUGGAAAGUACUUAUGAAUUUUAAAAUUUUCUAAAAAGUUUGAACUCGCAGUUAGUACUUUUUCAAUGAAAUUAAAUUCUUCACUGUAUCUAGUUUUGAAAACUCAAAAAUUCCACUUUUAAGCUUGAAAUUAAUCUCAAUAAAAUUGAAAAAGUUUCGAUUUGAGCAAAUUUUUCACAAGGGAUAGAAACUCUGGCAUGUGGUCCCUAAACCCCAAUUUUCUCUCAAAAAUUUCAUAUUCUAGACUCGACUUUUUAAAGCUGAAAUAAGCUUGAAAAUUUUCUGAAACUUUCGUACAAAAAGGUAUCUGAAAAAAACUUGAGGAGAUCAAAGUGGCCAUCAUCCCAAAGUCUGCCUAUGGACAUAUUUUCAAAGUUUUUUACUCGAGGGUAGCUUUUGAGACAGAUUUGAUGCUGAAAAAAAUCUUCAUUCAAAAGUCUACUCAAUUCAGACCAUUCCCUGUAGGAACAAAAUGAGGAAAAAUUCUGUAAAGUUAAGGGUUUCCCUAUUUUAAUAUCACGUUCGAGAAAGUUUCUCUAUUUUGUUAAAAUUAAUUUUAAAACUAUUUCGAAAAAUUCCUUUGAAGUUAAUUUGACAUGUCAUACAAAACCGCUUCACUUACAGUCAUGAGAAGAAGUACACGGACAAACGCGAAGUUCUGAAGAAGUUCCGGGUCUUCAAGAGAAAUCUGAAGGCGGUCCGACACAUGCAGGAGGCCGAACAAGGCACCGCCGUCUAUGGAAUCACCAAGUUCUCCGAUCUUACCUCUUCUCAGUUCAAAAAGGUGCCUUUCUUUAGAGUCAUAUAAGUCUUGAGAGUAAAAAAUCAUUUUCUCACAGAUCUACCUGCCCUACCAAUGGGAGCAGCCGGUGUACCCUCUGAGAGAAGCCGACCUCCAAGAAGAAGGCGUCGACGUCGACGAAGAGCCUCUGGAGAACUUCGACUGGCGCGACCACGGCGCCGUCACUCAGGUCAAAAACCAGGGGAGCUGCGGCAGCUGCUGGGCCUUCUCCACGACAGGAAACGUCGAAGGCGCCUGGUACCUCGCCAAGAAGAAGCUCGUCUCUCUCUCCGAACAGGUUCGUUUGAGUUUCAGGCCUAUACUCGGCUAUACUUAGGAACGCCAGAGUGGUCCCUAUAGGGAUUAGUUUGGGUGAAAAAUAACCCAUAUAUGAGUUCAGGGUCUCACCCGUAAGCAUCUAAAGCUCAAGGGGUCUCUAUAGGGCCUUUUGAUUUUUUGUUCUGAUUGGAAAGUUGAGAUGGACUUGACCAUUUUAUCCUAUGUUGAUAUUUUUUUAAUUCAAAUAAUUUCAAUUCAUCAAGUUUUUCGCAUGGAAAUGCUUCCUAUCAUAGAAUUUAUAACAAUAAUCGACUAGCAUCCCAUAUGGACUUCUUUGCAAGCUUCAGUGGCCCCUAUAGGGGGAGGUAAAGCGGUCCUUAGAGGGUUCAAGGGUCCCUAAGGUUUUCCCUAUAAAGACCACUCUGGAGCUCCUAAGUGAAGCAUCUUCAGCUCGAUUUUUUGAUAUUCAUGAUGAUAACUUGACCAAGAUUGAAGAAAUUGCAACUUUGUUGUAAACUCCCUAUUCCUCGAAAAAAAAUAAUUGCAGCAACUGGUCGACUGCGACACCUUGGACCAAGGCUGCAAUGGAGGACUUCCCAGCAACGCCUACAAGUUAGUAUGAGCAACAGUGACGUCAUUUAUCGGCUUUUCAGACAAAUCAUCGAGAUGGGCGGUCUGGAGCCGGAAGACGUCUACCCGUAUGACGCCAAGGGCGAGACUUGUCAUAUUACUAGAAAGGUCCGAAUGAUUUUCUCUUGAUUUCUCCAGGUUUCAUGAAGAAGUUUUAACGUAUUUUCUAAGCUUUUGAGGCCUAUGUAAGCGCGCUCACCAUUGAAAUUGUCAGAUUUCUUGCUUUUUCAAAGAUUUCCUCGACUCUAAUUUCAAUUUUUGGUUUCAUUCAUAUCUUUAAAGGACCUGGCCGUGUACAUCAACGACUCUGUCGAAAUUCCCCACGACGAGAAGAAAAUGCAGGCUUGGCUCGUCGCCAAAGGCCCCAUUUCCAUUGGUACGUGCAUUUCUCCAUCAAUCCCCACAGUUCAAAAAUCUUUCUUCCAUCAAAAACCACCCGAAAAACGGUUUUAUUUUCGUUCCGACACAGUGGGAUCCGAGUUGUUUGAUGAGAGAAAAAAUAAAGUCCGUGGGCGGAUUCUCGAGAUUUCGAUGUUGCUUCGAAAAUCGAUCGAGUCGGUUUAG